CUUCCUUUGCAAAUUCAUAUGCAAUCUAGUAAACACUUCAUUUAUACUGGUGAAUUGCCGCACUGUCUAUUAAUCUUUCGAAAAGAGGUCGCGGAGCUCAGUGCGGCAGCUGAUGGUUGGAAAAAUUCAAUCACAGCCGUCACAACGGGAUUCAAUCACGCAGGGAAACUUGCAAAAGUGCACCGAGAGUUUUCCGGAAAGUAUAACAGCAUGGCUUCAUCUGCAACAGCCAAGCGUGACCUUAGCGACACAGACAGCGAUGAUGAUUACGAAGAAUUCUCACAACCUCGCUUUGCUGGAACAUCGGGUUAUCUUGAUUACGAAUCCACCGAUCAAAUAACGCUGGAUAGUCCUAUCCCGGCGACGAAUAAAGGAUACCUACUAUUGCAAAAGAUGGGCUGGAAGGCGGGAUCAGGAUUAGGCAGUUCAGGUCAAGGUCGCCUUGAACCGAUUCGCACUGAGCUCAAGGAAGAUUCUCUCGGUGUCGGCAAGGCUGAAGAGGAGCAGUCUUAUCAUAUAUCAUCCACUGCUCGGCGAAAAGCGCUGGACAGCGAGAAACAACUGGAAGAAACGGAAGAAGAUCGUGCGAAACGAGAGAUGAAAGCUCAGAAAAAGGAGGCAAUUCAACGGGAACUGGAGGAAGUAAAACGAGCAUUCUAUUGCGAACUGUGCGAUAAGCAAUAUAAGAAGAUUAGUGAAUACGAGCAGCACUUACAAAGCUAUGAUCAUCACCAUCGAAAGCGGUUUAAAGAUAUGCGAGAACAAACGAAAAAAUCGGCCGUGGCGCUGAAUGAGCAGAAAAAGAAACGCGAACGUGAAAAAAAGAGAGAAGAACGCGAAUUAAGACGAAUACAGGAAACGGCACAAAAACGCAUGAAUGAUUUAGAGAAAGAAGGGAAAAAGCCGGUAACUAGUAUCCCCAAACCGUCUCCGUCAUCCAGUUCUGCAAGCGGGACUGGAGGCGGGGGAGGUUGGACAAAUGUGAACCCUUUGCCCGCAAGCGCAGCCUCCAGUGGGUGGACCACGGUGACAGCAGCGACAGCAGUUACACCGACAUCAUCAGCGCCUUCAGCUGGAGGUUGGGCCUCUGUACCAGCUGCCAGUGGAUGGACCGCUGUGACUUCCAGUACCACCCAACCUACUUCCACAGCGACUCCUCCUUCAAACCCGCUUCCCUCAGUUCAGCCAACUGCAUCGUCACCAACAUCCAUAAGCACGACUCCAGCGACGGAAGCCCUGCUGAGCACAAACAGUGGAAACAAGCCACAGACCCAAGGAGCCAGCAAGUUCAGUUUUGGACUUCCUCAAAAGAAACCAGGAGGAUUCCAAUUUGGGUUAAAAAAGAAAUAAAUUAAAAAACAAGACCAAACAAUAUGAUAAUGUCCACCCUCAGUGUUAUUCUCCGGAGAUCUCUUUCUUUUGUGGGUAAAAAUCGAAUAGGCUCGGUGGAUGAGUUCUGG